AUGGUGCAGCAAAUAAAGGUGUCCGUGCUUCUGUGGGGCAUCUGCUCAGCGUCGUCCGCCAUGGCGGUGCUGCUGGAGUCACCGCAGCACGCACGCGUCGCGCCCACCGCCGCCGCCCACACCGCCACACCCACCAUGUCCUUCGCGCUGAGGACCCUGGUGACGCUGGCGGAUUAUGGCGACCAGGACGGCCAGUGGGACUCAUCGAGCUUCGAGCAAGCCUUCGCCUCCGCCCCCAGCCGCCGCGCCGACAGCAGAUCUUUCGACGACUUUGCCGGCCCAGCCGCCGCCAUCCCUACUCUUCCCCUCCGCGCCAUCGCCCCUCUUAGUUCUGCGCACUACAACCCUCAGCAAGCGUCCGGCUUCAACGCCGCCUUGGCCGCCACCCCUGCCUACGGCGUCCGCCUCGCCGCUGUGGUGCCCGCCCCGCGCCCCGCCAACAUCCCGGCGCCCACCUCCUACCUGCCCUCCCCAUCCGCGUAUCCCGCGGCCUACCCCAAGGUCGUGAAGUCAGUCCCCGGUGCGGGAGCAGUGCUCUUCCGGGCCGCGCCAGACGGCGCUUUGCCGCUGCAGCAACCGGGCCACGCGGCGCCCUUCUACCCCCCGCGUGCCGCGGCCACCGGCGUCUCCGGCACGCGCUUCUCUUCGCUGCACGCGACUAGCCGCGGUGCGGGCGGCGGUUUGGGCAGCAGCUCUCUCUCCUCGAGCCAGCGCGCGGCGCCCGCUUCCGCCCCCGCCCCGCAACGGGACGCCGUGGACUUGCGUGGCUUUGACUUCGGCUUCGGCAGCGAGCUCUCCAGCUCGGCCGGAGGCAGCGGCGGCUUCCACUUCGGCUCCGAGCAGUUUUAAGAGUCUCCCCGCGCCCCGCUGCGUUGCGCGGACACUUACGCUCGGAGAAGACUCGUGGGUUUGUGAUGAACAGUAAUGAAUUCAGGUUACAAUAUUUGCAGGUUGCUCAGCGUUUGAGACAAAGCAGAAUUCGUAGAGAUAUUGAUUUCUUUGUAGUAGUUCGACGCUAUAGAUAAUGAGAGAGGAUGUGAUGGUUUGUGAUUAUUCUGAUGAUGGUACUGAUAUUGUGAAUUUCUAUUUAUUCAUAUGGAUACUGAUAAUUUCCCGAGUCAUGUCAGUUGAGCUUAUGCUCUUGAUCUCAAAUCAUAACUUUCCAGUGCGAUCGCUGGAAGAACUGUAAUAAGUUGAGUGAUACGCUUCUUUGUCUAUAAAACUUGAUUUACAUUGCCAUUAUACCGCUUUUAA